GAAUCGAUAAACCCUAAACCCUGUCCGCUCUGUAGAAAUGGAACAAGGCAGAUACACCUGUCGUUCGGGUAAUUUUUUAGGAAUAAGGAACAAGAAAGAGUGUCUGUUCAAAAAUGUAAACCCUAAUCAUGUUUAGAAGCUCACGUUUGCAAUCGAUCGAUCUAUGGCCUCUUCUCGUAUUCCAUCUCUAAUCAGAAGAGGUUUGUCUUUGUUCUCUUCUUUAUCACUGGGAAGUCUACUACGGCCGUUCUCGUCUUCUUCCUUUUCUUCGUCUCCGGCGGAUAGUUAUCACAGAAGGGAGAGCUCUCUUCUCGACGAUUCCAAAGACGACGGUAUCAGCUCUGUUUACAGCCACACCCUUAAAUUCCAACGCCCUCAAACCAUCGAGUUCCGAAACAAUCUUUUCAAUUUGGUUACCCUCAUUGGAACUGUCGAAUAUUCCCCCAAGCGAGUCAACACUAGUAGUACCAGAUGCGGUGUCCAUACCAUCCUCAACGUCAACAAAACUCUUCGCUCCCAAUGCUCGCUUAGGGUUUUGCUGAAGAUGUGGAAUGAUAUGGCUGAAAUAUCUAUGCAACAUUUGAAACCCAAUGAUCACAUUUACGUUUCAGGUUUCUUGGCAUCAUACAGUAAAGGUGGCAUUGACAGAGAUGCCAGGACAUUUUAUGAGGUGGUUGUUAAAGAAAUAAACUAUGUCGCAGGGUGUGGCAGUGGCUCAACUAGCCAAAAUUUUCAUCAAGCAGAUUCAUGUGAAGGUGAAACCAAGAUAGAAAAAUACAGUAAAAAAAUGUAUUUAUGGCAAGUGUUUUUUGCAAAUCCUGAUGACUGGUGGGAUAACAGGAAAACAAAGGCAACAGAACAGCGUCCUGAUUUUAAACACAAGGAUACUGGUGAAGUUCUAUGGCUUAGCUAUAAUGACCCUCCUUGGAUCAGAAAACAGCUUCAACUAUAUGAUUCUAGGAUUGAACAUUCAAGUCAAAGGAAACGCUUACCCUCCUGUAUACCUAUGCAAUUGCAUGACAAUGAAAUCUAGCCUCUAACAUAAGAAGGAAACUUGCCAUUAGAUUCUCGAAGCAUGACCCUGCGACAUUUCUAAUGACAAUAGGAGAAUGUAUACACAAAUGACCAGGUUUCCAGAGUUAAAUCUAAUUUUUUUUUGGAGUAUUCUCCUUUGCCAAGAUAUCAUCCGUUGGAAGGAUGUUGAUUCGAUCAUGCAAGCAGUUGGAGUUGUAAUGCAUGAUAAACAGUUUGAGUUUGAAUCGUCCUGAAUCCUACUACACAUGCAAGGUAUGAUUUGGCUGAAACCUGUAUGCAAGACUAUAUUCAUGUGUUUUAUACUGUAUAUUACAGAUUGAAUUCCUGUAGAUUAAAGAUGAAUGCUGUUUCUAAUUCGUGGUAAUUUAAUAAAACAUGUAGCCUAUUUAGAAACAGGUAUUCUAUGUACUGAUUCAUAUUAGACUUUUGUUUGCCAUUUUUAUUGAAUUGUUUUUAAAGAUUG